GGGUUGCACGAUGGGGUCAUACAUUCGGUCCCCAGACGUCAGCCAGGGCGCAGGCGAGGCAAACCUAUGGGAGGGAGCCCCGUGGCUGGUGCCAGCGAGCAGCUUGGCUCGCCAGGAGGAUGGACGAGGAGGCGGAGACCGCCCCGAUCCCCCGCCCUGGCACCGCCCAGCCUUUAAGCCGGGGCUCGGUCCCGCAACACGACAGACGCUUCUCAGUCGCGAGCGCGAUCCCGGCGGGUCCAGAUGGCUUCGGAGGUGGGGGCUGAUCAAGUCAGAGCAAAGAAGAAUGGUGCCCCAAUUCGCAUGUUUCCACUGUAUUUUGAAGAUGAUGGGACACUCUGUUUUCAAGGUCUAGAACCUGAUAGCUGGAGAAGAUCUAAACAGUGUUCAGAUCUGCAAAUCUUCCGAAACGUAGAGAAUUACAUCCUCAUAGUGAAGCUGGGAAGUCCAGAAAAUCAAAUGGCAGUAUUUGAACAUAUGACAGACAAGGACAAGAAUGAUGAGUCUGGAAUCAGGUUCACCAUCCACCGUUAUGACGACACAGUGCCCAGAGGGAUGACUGUAGCCCUGUCCACAAGAAAGGAUAAGAAAACCCACUUCUUGUGUGCUAAGAAACAAGCAAACGGAGAAUUGCGGGUGGUGUUUCAGGAAAGGACCAUCCCAGAAACCAUUUCAGGAGACAGAAGCGAAAUCAUCUUCUUUCAAAUCCCAUUUUCAGAAGGCGACAACAAAUUCUUCAAAUUUGAGUCCACGCUGCAACGGGGUUACUUCCUGGCCUUUGAUCCAGGUGAGGGCAACCACACCAGGAGACUAAUCAUGAAGGAGGUACUUCUCCAAGAUGAAGUGGAUGAGACCACCAAGCUGUACCCUUCCCCAGACUAGCACUGUUCACCAAGGCCAAGAAACGGCUUGUUGCACUUAGGUCUGUGUCUCUGUGGAGGGAAAUGUGUCAUUAACAGGCAAAUUAAAAUCUGCAAAAUCUGCACAAAACUGCACAAAACUAAUAAGGUAUCUCCAUUUAUCUGAUAGAUUGAGAUUUUUUUAAAAAAGAUUGAUUAAAAAUGGCAAAAGGGGCUUGGUCUAUAUGCCAAUAAAGACUUGCUGAAUGAGAAGGAAAAAGA